CCUCCCGCCGCCCCGGAGGUGCGUGCGGGUGGCCGCCGAGGGGGCGGGACACGUCGGCGCUGCCACCGCUGCCGCUUCCUGGGCUGCGUCCCCGCGGUCGGUCCCCGGCCAGGCUCCUGCCCGCGCGUCCGCCGCCGCGAUGGCGACGCGCUCCUGCCGGGAGAAGGCGCAGAAGCUGAACGAGCAGCACCAGCUGAUCCUGUCCCGGCUGCUGCGGGAGGAGGACAACAAGUACUGCGCCGACUGCGAGGCCAAAGGUCCCCGAUGGGCUUCCUGGAAUAUUGGUGUGUUUAUUUGCAUCAGAUGUGCUGGAAUCCAUAGAAAUCUUGGAGUUCAUAUAUCCAGGGUCAAGUCAGUCAACCUAGACCAAUGGACACCGGAACAGAUACAGUGUAUGCAAGAUAUGGGAAAUACAAAAGCAAGACUACUGUAUGAAGCCAAUCUUCCAGAGAACUUUCGAAGACCACAGACAGAUCAAGCAGUGGAAUUUUUCAUCAGAGACAAAUACGAAAAGAAGAAAUACUACGAUAAAAAUGCUAUAGCUAUUGCAAACAUUUUCUCCUCUGAUGCUCCUCUUCAGCCUUUGGUAUCCUCUCCUCUACAAGCUGCUGCUGAGAAAAACAAAUUAGAGAAAGAAAAGGAAAAAAAAAAAGAAGAGAAAAGGAGAGAAAAGGAGCCAGAAAAGCCUGCAAAACCUCUUACAACUGACAAGCUGCAGAAGAAAGAAGAUCAGCAGGUGGAGCCUAAAAAAAGUACCAGCCCUAAGAAGGCUGCAGAGCACACGGUUGAUCUUUUGGGACUCGAUGGCCCUGCUGAGGCACCAGUUACCAACGGGAAUAUGACCACGGUGCCAGCCCUGAAUGAUGAUCUGGACAUCUUUGGACCAAUGAUUUCUAAUCCCUUACCUGCAUCUGUCAUGCCCCCAGCUCAGGGGACGUCCUCCGUACCAGCCACUGCCACUCUGUCUACAGUAACAUCUGGGGAUCUGGAUCUGUUCACUGAGCAAACUACAAAGUCAGAAGAGGUGGCGAAGAAACAGCUCUCCAAAGACUCCAUCUUAUCUCUGUAUGGUACAGGCACCAUUCAGCAGCAGAGUGCAGGUGUCUAUUUGGGACCCACGAAUAUACCAUUUACCUCACAAGCACCGACUGCAUUUCAAGGUUUUCCGUCGAUGGGCGUACCUGUGCCUGGAGCGCCUGGCCUUAUAGGAAAUGUGAUGGGACAGAAUGCAAGCAUGAUGGUGGGCAUGCCCAUGCCCAAUGGGUUUAUGGGAAAUGCACAAACUGGUGUGAUGCCACUUCCUCAAAACAUUGUUGGCGCCCAAGGAGGAAUGGUGGGACAGAUGGGCGCACCCCAGAGUAAGUUUGGCCUGCCACAAGCUCAACAGCCUCAGUGGAACCUCUCGCAGAUGAAUCAGCAGAUGGCUGGCAUGGCUCUCAGCAGUGCGAGCCCUCCCGUGGGUCUCGGCCAGCCCCCCAACACAACAGCAGGAUGGUCUGGAAGCUCCUCGGGUCAGACUCUCAGCACACAGCUGUGGAAGUGAAAGCCACAGUGCCAGUUUCCCCCAGAACCCACCUGACAUUCCUUGCUGAAGUGCAUCUAGUCCCUGUUUAUUCAUGUACAUACAUUUUUUUCUUUUCCCCCAUUUGUUCAUAUUAAGAAUUACCUGACUGACCGUGUGGUCUGUACUGAUUAAAUUUGAUGUGGUGAAAAGCAGGUUGAGAAAGCAUGUCAUGUCCAGGCAGCUUUGCUCAUAUUUCCCGUGAUUUCAUAAAGCACAUUGUGUGAUAAGCUGCUCAGUCAGCUUGCGUAAUCAGUCAGUCAGUUGUACUCGAUAGAAUCCUAGCUCUACUGUGUGCAUACGAGGGAAGCAGUCCUCAUGUUAGUAAUACCUCCAACAGUAUAAACCCUGCCCCCAAAGUAGCCCGUAAUCCCGUAGGAAGGUACUGUACGAGCAAAUGUGUAAUCCUAUAAAUAGACUGUAAGCGUGUCACUGAGCACGGUUUCCUGGUGUUCCAGAUUCCUUGAUUUCAUCAUUCGCUCACUGUGCUGUGGUUACGAUGUGCUUACAGGGAACGUGGUUAGUGAAAGGAAGAUAAACCUGGAUGUCACUACAAAACUUACUUUAAUGAAUGUUGAAAGAAUUCAAAUUUUAUCUGCCUCUCUUGUAAUUUGGAUCUCUUAUAUACACAGUGCUAACAUGAAGACCUUUCUCUGCACUAUAUGCAAACAGGGUAACUAAACAAAGCCACUUUCAAUCCUUGAAGGUAUAUCCAGGUUUAUGACAGUAAUUGUGUUUACAUUUUAUGGUGCCUAGUACUGAUAAAAUGUUAUAGCCCUAUAUUAAACAGAUGAAUCCAUA